AUGGGCAACGGAUCUGGUCAACGGCCACUGUCCGAAGUGAGCCCUAUGGCUCAGAGGCGCAACUCACCAAGCUGGAACCAAGCCACAAAGCAGUUGCCGAAUGGCGAAUCGCCUGCAUACGAUGUCUCCUCCCUAAACAACAAUAGCUCCCCGCGCCUUUUCUGGAAAGGCUGUGACUCACCGUCGCCAUUCUCGAAAGGAACCGAGAAUCUAUCGCCGUACGACCCAGAAGGCUGCUAUUUCCCCGCAAAGCGGGCGUCUCUCGAGAAUUUGAAACGCGUCUCUAAGGUCAAGAAUAACAGCUUCCUCGAGGGUAGCCAAGAAUACGACCCUGCUUCAGUAGCCUUUCUUCACAGACCUUUGGCAUCAGAGAGAGCCCCCCAACGCGACAGUCAAAUGAAUGUCGCCAAGUCCCAAUUCGAUGACGAUGGAACCCGUAUUUCUCGACCAUCAUCCCCAAGCAAAGAGCAGGCGUCGCCGAGCAAGUCCUCGCUAUCCAAGGGUAGUCGAUAUGGCAAGGGGUUUGACCCUCAAAAAGAUAUUUGGUCCGAGUAUGGCAGUGCAGGUCACCGACAUGCCAAGAGUGUCACAUUCGACCACGCUCCUCCCCAGAUCAACGAAUAUGAAAUGACGACCCCAGAUCUCUCCUCGGUAGCAUCUGGAUCCAGAGAGAACAGCUACGAGUCCGACGAAGAGGAGAUGAGCUUUGAGGCGGAGUCCCCCAUUGAGCGUGAUGAUAGCUUCGAUGCUUCGCUCGAAGAUAUUGAGAAGACCCCCGUUGUGUUGCCCGAGGACUGGCGCUUCAUGAGCCCCAGCGGAAAUACCGAUGGCAAUCCUUUCACCGAACAUAUGGAGGAAGACAACACCGAAGACCGACCUACCUCUCGUGAAGAUGGAGCCUCACAGCACACGCGAGUGGAAUCGCUAGAUUCAAACGGCGAGCGACGUCCUCUGCCUCCUUUGCCAUCAGUCAACCGUAUGUCGGGAACACGUCCUUCGUCGGCUGGUAAGCUUGCUGCGGCCUUUGAGCUCGGUAGUCUCGGCCAGCGCGUUCUUCCUGCACCGCCAGCUCCCGCUGCAUAUAGCAAGUCUGAUAUCACCGGCGCUGGGUCCUUGGAAGAUAGACUUCGUUUAAUGAGUCUUCAAGGAAAAGAGAACGACAACCCUCACGAUGAGCAUGAGGAGAUAAUCGAAGAGCCUUUGGAGCUCCCCAGAGCCGAAGAAAGCCCAGAGCCAAAAGAUGAUGCAGAGGAGGAUGACGAGAGAAAACACGAUUUCUUCUCCCCGCCUCGCAUUUCCCGCGACUCAAUACUUCGAGGAAUCCGCAAGGGCGACAAUUAUGAAGAUGACAGCUUUGAUGGACAUUCCCAACUCGAUUCCAGCCCCAAACAUUAUGACCAUUACGACCCCGACGUUCCUAUUCCAUCACUGGAAAGUGACGAUGAUGACUCUUCCAGUGUAAUUGUUAAGCAGGAAGAGCACGAUGAUGAUCUUUACUCCAUUACGGAAUAUUACCAGAACAUGUCAGACAACAGCUUGUCUUCCCGCGACCAGCGAGCCAAGUACGACGACGAUAGCAGUUACUCGCUACGUUCUGCUGCCGAAGCUGCUGAGCGGCUUUACGAUGGACAGCAAACUCAAAACCAGGGUUCCGAGCAGACUACCCCUGUCCCUGAGGGCCAACCCGACGCCGAGGAGACUACACAGCCAACAAGGCAGCCACAGGAUACACAGGAGCCAAGCGCCCUGCCAAACCAGCCUCUUGAUAUGGCGUCCAUCCGCCAGUCUCUUGCACGCCCUGCUACGCCAGAGAUGCAGCAAGACGGUGCCUUUGAGCCUUCUACUCCAGACUCCGUGAUUCGUCAUCCCGUCGAAGACCAUGAAGGAAAAGAAGAAGAAGAGAAAGAGGAAGAGGAGCUGCGUGACCUAGAGCCGGAGCAAGAUGAAAGCUCGUCCGACGAGUCUAUUCCAGAGCCCAUUGCCACAAUCCGAGCUCCUGGAGCGGGUCUCAAGACACGACCAUCACUAACCCCUGCGGAUUUGAAGUCAAUGGCUGCUACCCGCCGUCAAAUUAGUGGACAGUAUGUUCCACCAGUACCCUCAUUGACCAAGCAGAUUUCCAAUGAGUCGAGUCCUUCCGAUCAUGAAGAUAAGCAGGCCGAUUUGCCGCCGAAGCUGGACCUUUCCUCGGAUAUUCCACAAAGACAAAGCAGUUGUCUGAAGCUCGAUAUUCCUUUCAGCAUCCAGGAAGAAAGCCUCGGCUUUGGACUCGACAAGGAGUUUGAUCGUGUCAUUGAAUCCCAAAAGGUUGCGUUCCGUCUCGCUCUUUCCCAAAGCCCUGGUUCCAUGCCACCGUCGCAGGACACAAUACCCAAGGAUCGCCUGAACACAGGCAAUAGUGCAUGCCCCGCUAACUUUCAUAUUUCCAAACAGAGAGGAUACCUUAUGAGACAGAACACCAAGGUUAUCAUUGCUAGCAGCCGUACCGAAGACGAGCCCCUGCCCUCCCUCCAUGAAAGUGCCGAAACCUCACGUGGUACACGUUCUGCUGGAUCUUCUCCACGCAAGCCUAGCCAGCAGACUUGGACUACUGUCCCCUGGAAUGGGUCUCCGCGACGCUCAAGUAUCAAGCCUGCAACAGGCAUCCCUAAGAAGAAGCCAGUUCCCGGCGCAGGCGGAGUACCACCUCUUCCUGGACAGCCCAGCAACGUCCAUGAAGCCCCUGCAACAAUCGAGGAGACCGAGCCUGCUAUAUCCGAGUCGUUUGAUGAUGGCGAAGAGCGAGGUCGUCUGUUUGUCAAGGUGAUAGGUCUGAAAUAUUGUGACCUCCCUCUCCCACGUGGUAAGAAAACAUCAAAUAACCGAUUGCCUGUCACUGUUACUGAUUUCAUUCCAGGUGAACGGUCCUACUUUGCUCUGACCCUAGAUAAUGGACUUCAUUGUGUCACCACCUCCUGGUUGGAGAUGGGCAAGUCCGCUCCCAUUGGUCAAGAGUUUGAGCUCAUCGUCCAGAAUGACCUCGAGUUCCAGUUGACGCUGCAGAUGAAGAUUGAUGAGAGUAAGUUCCAAACACAGGAACCUGCGGCAUCGCCAUCGCGCCAAAAGACCUCGGCCCUCAGCCGUGUAUUUGCAUCCCCGCGUCGGCGCAAGGAAUUGGACAUGAAGCAACAGAUGCAGUCACAGCAGCAGAAAGCCAAGGACGUCAAUGCCCCUGUGUACGAACGUCUCCGAAACCUGGUCGCGCGUGAUGGUAGCUUUGGGCGUGCAUAUGUGGCUUUGAGCGACCACGAGCAACUUGCCUUUGGUCGUCCCCAUGUUGUUGAUGUUGCUUGCUUCAACGAAUGGGCUGUUGAGGAACAAAUCAGCAGUAUCAAGAGCAAAAAGAGUGCAACUAGCAUCAACACGCAGCGUCGGCCACCAUACAAGAUCGGAAAAUUGGAGGUGCAACUGCUCUUUGUCCCUAAGCCCAAGGGUAGCAAAGAUGAAGACAUGCCAAAGAGCAUGAAUGCCUGUAUUCGGGAGAUGCGUGAUGCAGAGAGUGUUGCAGCUCGCUCCUGGGAAGGCUUCCUUUCUCAGCAGGGAGGAGAUUGUCCGUACUGGCGCCGCCGCUUCUUCAAGCUUCAGGGGUCGAAGCUAACGGCUUAUCACGAAACAACGCGGCAACCCCGCGCCACAAUCAACCUUGCCAAGGCCUCCAAGCUCAUCGACGAUCGAUCUUCUCUUCUACAGAAGGAGACUAGUGGAAGAGGUGGUUCUCGCCGCAAGUCCGCAUUUGCCGAGGAAGAAGAUGGCUACAUGUUUGUUGAAGAGGGAUUCCGCAUCCGCUUUGGUAAUGGUGAGGUGAUUGACUUCUACGCGGACAGCCCUGCAGACAAGGAAGGAUGGCUCCGUGUCAUGUCUGAAGCUGUCGGAAAAGGGUCCACCUCAGGCGGUGGUGCAAUCAAGCCUUGGGCUGAUCUCGUUCUUAAACGCGAGCGCAGCAUGAUGGCAGGCAGAGACGCUGGCCCCCGCCGUCUAGCUAGUGCGAUCCCCACAGCCUCAGCAGCGCCCCCGUCCCCCGCUCGAAACCGAAACAGUGCUGUGAUGGGAGCUCCAUCGUCGGCGGGAUCUGGGGCGCCGGCGCCUCAGUCCGCUCGUCCUCGACACAAGCACACGCAAUCCCAACCCGAGAUGGGCAGUGCUGACGCCCGUCGGCAAAAGACACGCUCUCUCAUGUUUUGA